ACAACACAUCUUUGUGAUUUUUUUGGUAAAAUACUGGAACAGUUGCCAAUAUGCAAAAAGUAUCACUUAUUGCAAUCUUGCUUGUGGCAUGCAUUGCCUUUGCUGCUGCUGGUAAAGCACGUUAUCAUGGUCAGGACAUCUAUGCCGAACCAGACUGCUCUAUUGUGAGCGACUAUUCACGUAUGUUCCGCGAUAUCUCAGAUCCAACACACUACUGGAUUUGCCCAGAAGGACAAGAGAAGGCUGAUUACAUACAAUGCCCACCAAAUUAUGCUUUCAUGGAGAAAGAACAAAUGUGUGUAGUCUGGGAGAGUUGGCAUUGGGUUGAACCUUACACAAAAUAAAUUCUGUUCUAACAAAAUGUCAAUUAGAUUGAAUUGAUUGAUGUAUAAGAAAUGCAAUAAACCUUAUCAAAAUAAAUAAUGGCAAAAAAAAAAAAUUAAAACACAAAC